AUGGACACCGUCGCUGGUCUUGCCAUCAAAUAUGGGGUAGAGGUGGCUGAUAUAAAGAAAUUGAAUGGUCUAGUAACAGAUCAUCAGAUGUUUGCUUUGAGAUCUGUGCAGAUUCCGUUGCCGGCGAAGCAUCCACCUUCUCCGGGGGCUGUGGCUGCGAAUAUAUCUGCUAGCAAUAGGCUUUACGAUGACCCGUUCAGUUCCUUCUCUCCGUCAAAGCUCAAAUAUCAUCCACAAAAGGCAUUGCCUGUAAAUCCAGUAGUAGCCUCUGAUCGACAUCCAAAUCACCAUCGGAGAGCGAGAAGCCUAGCUGUCCAGGACUUUCCAGAACCUUCUAGGCUCGCCGAUGAUGGAUCAAUUGAUAUAUCUGGAGACAACAAAGCCAAGAUAUCUGGAAACAUGAACUCAGUAAGGCGGCGCCAAAAAGCUGAUACUGAUCCGGUCCUGAUCAUUUCAGAGCCAGAGAAUGCCGAAAGUAUUGCUGCCAGGACAGGAAAAGCUUUGAUGUUCUCAAGGGACACAGGUCACAUAAGUCCCUCUCCCCUUGGAGAUCCGAGCAGAGUCAACAAGCUUGGUUCUGUCAGGAAAUCAUCGAGCACCUCGAAUUUGCAACAAUUGGAGAUUAAUUCAUCAACAAGGUCCUCGAUGUCGUCUCCAAAACCAGAGGGAUUGCUCAAGCCAAUAACUGCGUGGAAGAAGGAAGCCCUUGAUUAG